ACAUUCACGGUUUGAUUGUUUUGUUUCCCGGGAAGAUUUCAAAAUGGCGACGGUCGCAGCAGCAAAAGUCCAGGAGGUUCGAGACAUUACACGAAUAGAGCGAAUUGGAGCUCAUUCCCACAUUCGUGGUCUUGGUUUAGAUGAUGUUUUGGAAGCCAGGAAGGUGUCUCAAGGAAUGGUUGGUCAGGUAUCUGCUCGAAGAGCUGCUGGAGUGAUCUUGGAAAUGAUCAAGGAGGGAAAAAUUGCUGGAAGAGCUGUUCUUAUUGCUGGUCAACCUGGCACUGGAAAAACGGCAUUAGCUAUGGGAAUGGCUCAAUCACUCGGUCCUGAUACACCAUUCACUAGUAUUGCUGGUAGUGAAAUAUUUUCCUUGGAAAUGAGUAAAACUGAAGCUCUAACGCAAGCCUUUAGGCGAUCCAUUGGCGUAAGGAUAAAAGAGGAGACGGAAAUUAUCGAAGGAGAGGUAGUAGAAAUACAGAUUGACAGACCAGCAACAGGAACGGGUGCGAAACUUGGUAAACUUACAUUAAAAACGACCGAAAUGGAAACGAUUUAUGAUCUUGGAACGAAAAUGAUUGAGUCCAUUACGAAGGAAAAAGUGCAAGCGGGAGAUAUAAUUACCAUCGACAAGGCUACAGGCAAGAUUGCCAAACUAGGACGAUCGUUCACUCGAGCCCGCGAUUACGACGCUAUGGGAGCAGAGACCAAAUUCGUCCAGUGUCCUGAAGGCGAACUGCAGAAAAGAAAAGAAGUUGUCCACACUGUGACGCUGCACGAGAUUGACGUCAUCAAUAGUAGAACCCAGGGAUUUCUUGCGCUUUUUUCAGGUGAUACUGGCGAGAUUAAAGGGGAAGUACGGGAACAGAUAAAUGCCAAAGUCGCUGAAUGGAGGGAGGAAGGAAAAGCUGAAAUAGUUCCAGGGGUUUUGUUCGUUGAUGAAGUUCACAUGUUGGAUAUUGAAUGUUUCUCAUUUCUCAAUCGAGCUCUUGAAAGUGACAUGUCUCCUAUUCUUAUCAUGGCUACCAAUAGAGGAAUUACAAAAAUUCGUGGUACCAACUACAACAGUCCCCACGGCAUUCCUCUUGAUCUUCUCGAUCGUCUUCUCAUCAUAACAACUACACCAUAUGAUGAAAGGGAGUUAAAACAAAUCUUAGCCAUCAGAUGCGAAGAAGAAGAUGUUGAGAUGUCUGAUGAUGCAAUGGGCGUAUUAACGAAAAUUGGACAAGAAACAUCUUUAAGAUAUGCUAUUCAGCUUAUUACUGCCUCCAGUCUUGUUUGUCGGAAACGUAAGGGUACCGAAGUUCAAGUAGACGACAUCAAGCGUGUAUACUCUUUAUUUCUUGAUGAGUGUCGCUCGUCCCAAUUCCUCAAAGAGUAUCAACAGGAGUUCUUAUUUAGUGAAGAAGCCCCGCCACCUGAAGAGCAAACUCCUAAUGACUCGAUGGAAACAGAGACUGCAGCAUGAUCAAGUGUUAUGUCUUUACCAUAGUAACUUAACGAUUAUUAUCUUCAUGUCGAGUUUUUUCAUGGUUGAUUUUUUCUUGUUAAGAAAUAGAUCUUGGUUUUUAUACAACGAAAUAGAAAUAGAAAGUGGUUUUUAUA